CCCUUGCUUGCUUGCCUACAAAGCUAGUUAAAUGGAGGUUUGAUCGGUAAUGUCACGUUGAAUUAAUACCUAAUUACAUUUUGUGUGUUGAGGAUACCUCUCUUCUCAGAAGAUAAAUUACAUAUUUGGCUGCAGAUUUACUUUAACAAAUAUCAUGGGAAACGAAUCUAAACUUGACUUAGAAAAUUCGCAAAAUGGUGAUGACGAAAGUAAGAAAAAGAAAAAAAGUAAGAAACACAAGAAGCGUAGAAGAACAUCCGAGGAUAAUGAAGAAAAGGGUUAUAAGAAGAAAAAGAAGUCCAAGAAAGGAAAAUACAAAAGUCCUAAACCGGAAAGUGAAACAUCACUUUCCGAUGUAUCAGACUUAAUAAAAAAGUCUAAGGCAUGUAAGCCUAAAAGAAACGAUUCACCUCUGGAAACUCCAAUAAAAUAUUCAGUCAAAACGGUAAAACCAAAAAAUGGUGAUGGACCUGCUGAAGAACGAAGUAGCAGUAGUACUGUUAAUCAGAAAAUAAGCGAGACUUUAGAAAUUUUAUCAUCAAAUUCAGAAGAUGAAAAUUAUCAAGAAGAUUGCGCUAGUCCAGAAUUAACAAUGAUUGAGGACGACCUUAAUCUGGAAGAAUUAAUGAAACAGAAAGAGUUAUUACAAGCUCGCUUGGUCGCAUAUAGUUCUGAUAGAAGCGAUGAUGAGGCUCGUAAAGAAUCUAUAAUAAAUAAGGUUUUUUCCUUAAAUGACGAAGAAAUCAAGACUCCUACGUAUAAAAAAGAUAAAGGUAUUCGUGAUAUUGAAUUAAAAAUGAUGAGUAAACAUAAAAUCUUAACUACGCCUGUUAAAGGUCGAUCUUCGGAAAAAGACAAACCGAAAACCAAACGUCAAGGAGAAGAUUUAAGAGAAAUACUUAAUAGGGAAAGUAGAAAGGAAGUCGACAAAAGAAUAGAAGUAAAGGAACGUGAACGAAAAGACCGCGAGCGUCGUAAACUUGAGGCGAAUAAAGAAAGAGAACGUGAACGUGAAAAGGAGAGAGAAAGAGAUCGCGAGAAAGAAAGAGUGCGAGAGCGAGAUAGGGUCAGAGAACGGGAGCGAGACCGAGAUAGGGAGAGAGAACGGGAUAAAGAUCGAGAGAGAGAGAGAGAGAAGAAACGAGAGAGGGAUCGUGAGAGAGACCGAAAUAGAGAUCGUGAUUUAGAUGUUCGUCAAUCAGAAAUACGAAGAAGGGAAAGAGAACCAGUGCGUAGCUGGCGCUCAAGAGAUCGAUCAACAAUAUCACGUCGCGAUAGGAGGUAUUCAGAUCGUGAUCGCAGGUCACGAGAUCGUAGCAGAGAUAGAUACAGACCACGAUCGCGAGACAAAUAUAGACCUGAUCAAAGAGAUUAUAGGGGUAAUAAUACUUCAUCUAAUGAAGUUGCCCAAAUAGUACCAAGCUCUAGUGACGAAGAACUUGAUAUAUCUAUUAAUACUGAUGAUGAGGAAGAAUCUGAAGAACAAAUCAUUGAAAGAAGAAGGAAGCAACGAGAACAGCUUUUGAAGAGAUUGGGCUGUCACAAUAGUGGUAAUUCUAAUACAGAGCAAACUAAUGUAACUCUUCCUGGUAAAGUUGAGUCUACAACAAUUGAUAUUAAAAAAUCAAAGGAACCAUCUACCACAGUGUCUGUUCCCUCCAAAGCUGAUAGCAAAAUUGAAUUCAAAUUGGAGAAAAGCAAUGUGAGGAAUACGUCCAAAAGUACAGUCAAUUUGGAUAAAUCAUGUAAAAAGAACGAAUGGGAUAUGUUUGCAGAUCAAGACAAUUUUGGUAGUGUAGAUACUCCAACUGCUGGAAAACCUCGAAGUAAGAAUGCGCUAGAAAAUCCAUCGCUUACCGAUAACUGGGAUGACGCAGAAGGAUAUUACAGGGUCCGAAUUGGUGAAAGUUUGGAUAACAGGUACACUGUUUAUGGCUACACUGGUCAAGGUGUGUUUUCAAACGUGGUGCGUGCUCGUGACCAAGCUCGUGGCAACAUAGAUGUUGCGGUCAAGAUUAUUAGAAAUAACGAGAUUAUGCAUAAAACAGGCUUAAGAGAAUUGGAAAUCUUAAAGCGCUUAAAUGACGCAGAUCCUGAUGACAAAUUUCAUUGCUUGCGUCUUUUCCGACACUUUUUCCACAAACGACAUCUUUGCAUGGUUAUGGAACCUCUUUCAAUGAACUUGAGAGAGAUUUUAAAGAAAUAUGGAAAAAAUGGUGGUGUACAUAUUAAAGCUGUAAGAAGUUAUACACAACAAAUUCUGCUAGCUUUAAAAUUGUUGAAAAAGACGGGGAUAGUUCAUGCUGAUAUAAAACCUGACAAUAUACUGGUAAAUGACAGUAAAUUAUUGCUGAAACUCUGUGAUUUUGGAGCUGCCGCACAUGUAACAGACAAUGACAUUACACCAUAUCUUGUUUCACGAUUUUAUCGAGCUCCAGAAAUUAUUCUAGGAGUGCCAUAUGAUUAUGGUAUUGAUAUGUGGUCAACUGCUUGUACCAUAUAUGAAUUAUCGACAGGAAAAAUUAUGUUCAGUGGCAAAUCUAAUAAUGAAAUGUUAAAGUAUUUUAUGGACUUAAAAGGAAAAAUACCAAACAAAAUAAUAAAAAAGGGUAAUUUUAAGGACCAACAUUUUGAUGGGAAUUGUAACUUUCUAUAUCAUGAAUUGGACAAGAUCACAGAAAGGGAGAAAAUUGUAAUUAUGUCAAGUAUAAAGCCCACACGCGACUUACAAACGGAAUUAGCACCUCCACACCAUCGCCUACCGGCCCCAGAAGCUAAAAAAAUCUCACAGCUCAAAGAUUUGCUUGAAAGAAUGAUUAUGCUUGAUCCAGCAAAACGUGCAUCCGUGAAUCAUUGUCUGGCUCAUCCUUUUAUUCAAGAAAAAAUUUAAUCUUCCUGCGGCAAGGGAACUGGCAAGCAUUUAUAUAUAAAUGCUCAAGUUUCGUAUUGAUAUAGAUUAAAGUUUAGAUCAAUAUGAAACAAUUUAAUUCAGUUAAUUAAAGUCCUACUUUGCUGCGUUUUUUAGUUAUAGUGCUUCAAAUUUGUAAAAAUAAAAAAGGUCUUAACAUUUUUAAAGUGCUAUCAUUUGAUAAUGAUAUUAAAGUUAUUAAUGUUUGCCAUAAUAUUAAUAAAUCAUAUAGAAAAUUUAUGUUGGCCAGAUCCCUACCCAGCCACUAAAUAAGUUUUAAAAUAUGUAAACAUUUUUGACAAUUGUAUAAAUUGUCUCAAAUUUAAAAUAUUGUAUAAUUUACUCCACGUGAAGUUUUAAAUUUAUUUUUGUGUAUAUAUUAAAUUUAAAGUUUGUAACAUGUAUCUGUCAUGUUCUAUAACAUUGAUUGGUUUUAAUGUACAUAUAAACAUUAAACACGUAAUUAUUAAAUUAUUUUAUUUAGGUUUAAAUCUAAGUGUAAAUGCACACACUUUCAACACCCUUUCAGAUUUUAAAUGUAUAUUUAUUAGUUUAUCAAUGUUUAUAGUACAUUCAUUCUUAAAAAAAUAUAAUAUAGUUUAAUACAAGUUUUUGUUUUGAUGGUUCAAAAGGGUUAUAUUACUAAUUAUAACAAAAAAAACUUGUAAAAGAAAAAAUCUAUUUUAAAACUUAGCUCAAAGACAUUUUUGAUGAAGCUGACCUAUUAGUUUUUGUAUUUUACAAUUAUUCUAUUUUAAUUAAUAAUAAUAAGAACUGAUACAUUAAGAACUAAGAAAUUUCUAAGUGUUGUGACUUUUUCUUUUAUUUUCAUAAUAGUAGUUUAGGUACUCAUUGAAAGCUAUCCCCCUGUAAAAAAUGUAGCUUUAUUAUUUUCGACAAUUAAAUUGUAAGAUUAAGUUUAUUGACUGUAAGCAUGGGUGCAUUUAAAGGUUUUUCAAUGUUGUAUUUAAAAAACAAUUUUUAAUGUAUUUUUAUCAUUAUAUUUAAUCAAUCCACAUUUUGUCCUCAAUCCCAGAAAGAAUAUUUGUCUGCUACCAUUUGAAAGUAUGUAAUCAAUCGUAUCACAUGCAAUUUUUAUGAUGUGCAGUUCUAAACUGGGUUAUAACAUUUAGUGUAACAGAUUUUAAUCUUAGGGUAUAUCUUAAAAUUACUAUCAUUUAGAUCAAUAAGACCAGGUAGAAAGAACUAUUUAUCUUAUCUGCCCUUCUAUUUUCAAACAUACACGAAAAAAACGAGUUUUAAACUUUUGCUCAUGAUGAACACAUAUUAGUGUAAACAAAUAAAAAUUUCAUACGAGCUGCACCAUUGCCAUGAGUGUGCCGCGACGGAGCCGCGAAUUCAUUAAGUGGGAAUAGUAAGAACAUCGAUUACAUUACCGCACCGUUGCAUGCGAAACUGUUUCUCUUUAUAGUUUUCAGUCUUUUCCAACUUUAUCCGAUUUUAUCCAACAACACCUCCCUCUCUUACAUUAAAUUAAUCAGUAAAUCACAAUCUUUUCCAUAACGAUAUUUAUUUACGAAGUGUACCAGAGGCGGGUCGACACCGACGAGACAGCGGUCUGGCUCAUAUGCGGUUUGUAUUUGUUUACACUAGCUAGCUGUUCUGCGUCGCAUCGACUACGGCUCGUGGACAGGAAGCCUUAAUGGUCGGCAUCUCAGUAUAGGAAGCUUAUAUACUCAUUGUAUACCUAUACUCUAUAAUUAUUAUAUUUGUGAAAGUAGCAAAAAACCAGUGUUAGUUAUGUGUGGAAAUUCGUGGUUAAAGUUUCCAUUUACAAAAUUAUUCGACCCCACGAAUCAAUGUUUAAAUUACUAUUCAUGACUAAAUUUAUUUUAUUCCAAUUAAAUUAUUGCAUUAACAGAAUGAAGCAGAAUAAAAUAAGAUUAGUCAUGACACUGUGCCAAUGUAUUUUAAACUUGAAUAAAAAUUAUAAUUAAAUAA